CAAACCCACAUAUCUCUACUACAAGAAGGAUAUUCAAAGCUGUCUGCGUUUGGACAAGUGAGGAUAAAGCUUCCGUUGGAUGUUCUUCUUUUGCAAAAUGAGGAUGAAAAGGAUAGGAACAUAUCUGAUUCUGAUGGUGGCCCCGUGCCUGAUAGUGAUCCUUCUCUGGACCAGCCAACAUCCUCCCCGUCCACCCUCCAACGAUGUUCAGCUCCUCACUGAAGACCAACUGAGUCCCAAUAUGCCACCCGCCGUCUCGAGACGUAGCCUCCGCCUCUGGCCCCCAUGCCAUCGGAACCGGUCCAUGGUCAACAUCACUGGCUUCUCCGACCUCCCUGUGCGCCUCCAGAACUUCCUGUCUUACCGGCACUGUAAACACUUUCCCUUGAUACUCGACCUUCCCCACAAAUGUGGAGUGACAGAUGGAUCGGACAUUUUCCUUCUGCUGGUCAUCAAGUCCCAACCAGAGAACUACGAGCGGAGACAAGCCCUCCGGGCGACCUGGGCUGAGGAGCGGAAACACAACGGGGCCUGGAUCCGCAGGGUCUUCAUCUCGGGGACAUCGGGUGCUAACUUGCAGAAGCAGAGGAUGAACCAGCUCAUGGAGGUGGAGAACAGGAACUAUGGUGACAUUCUCCAAUGGGACUUUGAGGAGUCCUUCUUGAACUUGACCCUGAAGCAAGUCCUGUUCCUUGAGUGGCUGGAGGACCGCUGUCCCCGGGCCCACUUCCUGCUCAACGGUGAUGACGACAUCUUUGCCCACACAGACAACAUGGUGGAAUACCUCCAGGGUGUCAACGGAAGCCUUGACAGUGACGAGCACCUCUUUGUGGGAAGCCUUAUGGAAGGCACUGGGCCUGUUCGAGAACCAAACAAGUACUUUGUUCCCGUUCAGGUGCAGGAAUCGGACACCUACCCUGCGUACUGUAGCGGAGGAGGCUACCUGCUGUCCCGCCACACGGCCAAGGUGCUAUUCGAGAUGUCCAAGUCGGUUGCUCUGCAUCCCAUCGACGAUGCGUACAUGGGGAUGUGCCUGGCCAGGGCAGGACUCGAACCCUCCUCCCAUGUGGGCGUGAAUCCCGGAGGACUUCGCCUCCCACCGAAUGUGGACCCUUAUGACCCGUGUUUCUUCAAGGAGGUUCUGAUGGUGCACCGCUUUCAGCCGCACCAGAUGUUCGUCUUGUGGGACCAAGUUCAUGAUCCUAGACUGAAGUGUUAAACUGUACAACUGAACUGAACUCUGCUGGGCCGUCAGAAAAGGAUGACAAUACAUGGGAUGACAAGAAUUGGGAAGGUGUGUGUCUAGGUAUGUGUGUGGGAGCUUACAUGUAUGUUUAUAAAUGUCUCUCAUAUUGGUGUACACUGUUCCCCUAUAUUCUUGUUCAUGAGUGGUAGUACGCGCCAAAAAGAACACAACAUAGUAAGUAACAUGUUUUGAUACAAUAUCUGUCUCUGGAAUUUCACUGUAUAGUUUGAAAGUCUUCGGAAUGCAACCUUACCCACAUGGAAAAGCACGGUAUUAUUAGCUAAGAAUAUUAUUCAUGCUCACAAUCUGUUAGAAACUGCAGAAACUUUAUUUUGGAUCCAACAUUUUACAAGAUCAACAUAAUAUAUAAAACCAGAAUAAACAUAGAACUUGAGGUAGUAAGCCCUCCAAAAAUAAAUAUUAGGGGUGUAACGAUUCACCGAUACGAUACGGUAUCCAGAUGGAUUUACAAAGAUGCGACUACAUCGAUACACGGGGUCCUGAAUCUAUUUAAAAUGACCCAGAAUCUGUCGAUGCACCGAUUUAAACAUUGCGAAUCGGUGGAUUGAGCUUUAUCCUGAUAUCAAGACAGCAUUGUCAACUCAUUUCAUUCCGUUUCCAUACGGAUCCGGAAAAUGAGACCGGUUUGAUAAUCGUUUUAGCACCGGAACCGUUUGAAAGGCACCGAGUAGGCACCGGUAUUGGAUAAAACCCAAACGAUACCCAACCCUAAUCAUAGCACAUGUAUCUAGAUACGCAUCGGAUCGUCCUAAAGGAGAGUUGCACAACCCCAGGGACGCGGGAAGUCAGUCCUCUGUAAACAAUGGAUGUUGUCCGCAACAUCCAUUGUUUACAGAGACGAGAUGACGGGUGUCGUCACAUUCAGGGCUCCGCUCCUGAUAAACACUCUACUGGUGUGUAAAAUGAGUUCUGCCAACUAGCCACUGUUAUUCACAAACGUUAGCAAGUAAACAAUGUUGAAAUUAGAGUCAACUCGGCUGAUACUGUGCUGAAUUUCACACACUAACAACAUGUAGACAAGCUGUUGUCAGGGAUUAUGCACAGCGUUAUAACAAGGAUUCAGCUGAGGAGGUUAAUUCUAAAGGUUUACAAAGGAAAGUGACAAUAAAAGAAAGCCUUCAUUUUCAUCCAGAGUUACGAGUUGUCUGAUAUGAGGAAAGUGACGGUUUCUCCGUCAAGUGAACCGUCUGUCUUUGCUCUUUUUUUGCCAACCAGUUUACGUGCGGGAUUCCAGAAUGAAAACGAUAACAUUCAACGUGUCUAUUAAUAUGGCAGCAACAUUUUACACCAGUUUUAGAAUGUUCACUACAACAGAUGUUGAACACCAACAUGCUUAUGUAAAAUCAGCACAGUAUCAUAUUCAACUAUGGACAGUUCUGCGUUGUGCGUCAUAGCCUACGUCAGCCUACACAGACAAUGUUCUAAAUAAAAUGAAAUGAUAAUAUCAUAAAUAUCAUAAAAAGGGUGGAUGUCAAUAAUUUAAUGAAAAAUCCUGUGCCAUGAUAAAAUUAUAUAUAUUAAAAAAAUAUAUAUUGAUUUGUUCAGAAAACUCUCACUUGCAGUUACAGCCAGGGGCCGCCAGGGGGGGGGGGUGCUGCAGCACCCUAAGCACCCCCACUUCCCGCGACCCCCCUAAUAUCUAUCAUACAAACAAGAACCAGUGAUAUAAUGGAACUAAUAUUGCACACCUACAAAAAGGCAUCAACCAUCACAUUUUAUCAAUAACUUGGUUGGUUUUAAACCUGCUACACACACAGCCAGCCACUAUUGAUUGAUUGUAUUUAUAGAUUGUAAAACCCUGUCACAAAAUAAAUUAUCAUCUUAGACAGUGUAUUAAAUGUUUUAAGUAAGGUACUCUUCUAUGAACAUGUACUAAAAGCUUUUAAAAUGUGAGUUGAUUUAAAAGGGGAUUUCUUUUGUGUUAGUCUCAACUUCUUUUAUCAAAAUUGUAAUUGUUUACAUUCUUUUUCGAUUGCUCUCCUUACCCCAAUAGUCAGCCGCAUAGAAAGUACAUAUCUUGUACCCUAUAAUAUUUUGGGCAUUUGCUGCUGUAAAACACGCAAAAUGAAGUCCUUUCUGAUCUUUCUGUAUUUUAUGUGUAAACCGGGCAUACCAUAGUUAGUGUUGUCUCCAUCCAAAUGUGUCUCCAUCCUGUAUUAACACUUCACUCCGAUUGUGCACUCGUCACGACGCCUUCCUGGUGAUGGGAAAGUGAUUAUCCACCGAUGGGUGCUAUUCUGUGAUAAAUAUGAGGUUGAUCUUGAUGGCUUAACCACCACCACAACUUCAUAUAGAACUUGUACAUCGGCAUGCAUCAUGGGCCUUUUUUUGUUUGCGAUUCUCCACAAUUGUGUGAUGAUUUGAGAGAGUUGUAAUUUAGUCAUGUAAAAAGUCUAAAUAAACGUCA